CGACCUAUUGCACUUCGUACAUAAUAAAUGGUGGUCCGUUGUGACCUUAACUCAUUUUCAUGGGGAUCAACAAGAUUAAGAUAUACCUAGGUGUGUCAUCUGGCACUUGGAAGACAAAAAAAGUUCUGCACAUCAGUUUCAGAAUUCGUCUUCUCUGCGAGCUGAAGAUGAUUCCACCCUCUUCGAUGGCUUGUACUGAGGACUCAAGGAGUGGCUGCUUGUAGUUCUAGCAUUGGCGAAAGGCAUGGAGGAUACUCUGCAAACACUUGACGACUUGAUUUCCCAGUUCCUGAGCUUAGAUCGGCCCCUCUGGUCCAGUUCUGAUGAUGCUGAUGCCUUCUUAGAAGCUGUCGAUGAGCUAACUUCCACCAUCCGUGGCCUUGAGAACACCUCAGAGGACCAUGUGCUCCUUGAGAGCUUUGACCUCCUUCUGGAGCGUUGUUCCAUGAGGCUUAAAGAUGAGUUCCAGCGCCUGAUUGCUACAUCUGGCUUCGAUGACAACCAUGGUGGCCACAAUAUCAAGAAAAGCCGCGAUGAAGAUGACAGCCACACCUUCGUAGCACCUCCGAUUAGAGACUUCGAUAUCAUUGUUGAUGCCUUACCAGAUGGUGUAGCCACUCAGGCAAAUAGAAUUGCAAGAAGGAUGAUUGAUGCUGGUUUUGGUGAUAUUUGUGCGGAGACCUAUGCUUCUGCGCGCCGCAACUUCAUCGAUGAGAGCAUUGCUCGCCUUGGUGUUCAUGCUCACAUUGCAGAAAGGUUCAAGUCAGCAUCACGGGAGGAGCUUGAGACUCAGAUCAUGCGCUGGAUACCUGCAAUCCGUGUUGUGUUCCGCAUCUUAAUCCCCAGUGAGCGCCAUCUGUGCAAUUGCAUUUUUGAUGGAUUUGCAUCUUACAGUGACCUUGCCUUUGCCACUGCAUGCAUACCAUUUGUUCAACUCUUGUCAUUUGCCAAUUUUAUUGCUGCUGCUGGACAGAACCCGGAGAGCCUCUUUCGCAUCGUCGACAUGUAUGAUGCUUUAGCUGAUAUCCUUCCUGUCGCUGAUGAAGCCUUUCAUCAUGAGAUAACUGCUCUUCGUGAAUGCCUUGGAUUGUCAAUUAAGGGAAUAUUUGUGGCUCUAGAAAAACUGAUACGACAUGAUUCAAGUGAGUCUGCACCAGCAGAUGGUGGAGUACAUCCCAUAACAAGGUAUGUAAUGAACUACCUUAUGGCAGCAUGUGCAUCUCGCCAUAUUUUGGAAGAAGCGAUGCAAUUGGAGUUUGGUUGUACUGAAACAAGUCUGAUCAAUCCUGACCGGCCAACAUCAUCGCUGGCUGUCUGCUUUGCUUGGAUUGUGGAUGUGCUCAUAGAGAAUCUUGAGGCAAAAUCCAGGAUUUAUGGUCAUGUUCCUCUCGGCUGUGUCUUCCUGAUUAACAAUGGGACCUAUAUAAUCAAGAAAGUCAAUGGCUGUGAGCUUAAGGUCUUGCUCGGUGAGGAUUGGACGAGGGUAAUAUCUGCAAAGGUUCACCAAUGGGUGUCGGAAUACCGCCGGGCUACCUGGGGGAGGGCCAUCAUGAUACUUGAGAGGGAUAUAAGGUCUGGGAGCAGUUCCAGUAUUGUGGUAGAGAAGCUGAACCACUUCCAUAACUUUGUGAAAGCAAUUUGCCAGGUGCAGUCACGGUGGGUACUGGUGGAGAAGCAGCAAGCAAUGGAUUUGAGCACUAUGGUGGAGGAUCUGGUUAUUCCAGUCUACAGGGAUGCAAUUGAGAUAUUAAAGGCAACAGCUGUAGGGGCUUCAUAUGUGCGACCUGAGGAUGUGAAGUUGCAGAUUCAGCAGUUGUUCAAAGCCAUGGCCAAAUUUUGAGUGGUCCUUCUGGCUGCCGCAUGCUGAUUAGCAUUUCAUUUCUCAUGAGAGUAAUGUAAGUUGUGUUUUUAUGUCUCAGUCGCCUCUAUUAUUUCCAUAUUAGUAAGUUACACUGAUUUUUUGCUAUCCAGAAUCAUGUGAACUCCUGUAGCAACUGGGUAUGCUAUUCUAGAUUAGUCCUGUUGUCAGUUAAGUCCUAUAAGUCUGUUAACUGUAGAUCAGUUCAGUUUGCUGCUUAACUUGAACUAUAUGCGGUCAACGUCUACAGUGAUUAAUAUGAGCAUGUUUUACCCAGUAUGUUAUUCUUCACUACUUGUAUUAUAACCUUUUCAUGCUGAACUGACAGAGCGUUACUAAUUGGAGUCAAUGAAUAAUAUCUUGGUCGCGCCUUUCAAGCAACUCGUAGAUGAACAUACAAUUUUUUCUGUUUUGCCAUGUAAAAUUAUUACAAAGUUCCUGUCAUUCUGAAUAUACUAAUACUAUGACACAUCACAAUUAUAUCUUGCUUUAACUGUUCUUGUAAAUUGAGUGCCUGACUGCUUGCGGGCGACCAACUCAUUUAGCCAGUGUUCUGAAAUCCACUGUCACGUAAUCCAGUGAGCAAUCAGAUGUUAUAACGAUAGGUGGCAUUGAAGGAGCUCUUACAUAAGGACUUAAAGUAUGAAGCCAAAAUAAGAUGUGUGCAUUAAUACAAGGAGAAAACCUUAUAUGGAUAUGUGAUUAAUUAAAACUGUGGAAUAACAUUUUUCACUAUGUAGUCAUUUACUAACAUGUAUACCCUUUCUGUUGGGUGCACAGCAUCGUAAAAUACAUAGGACGACACAUUUUUGCAGAUAGGAGUGAAUGCAUUGCAAAGCAGGGCAACCUCUCUGAGCCCAGUCCCGCAACAUCCUCGUGUUGUUUCUGUAAAUCCUGUUAUAAUGGCAGACCUUUGUCAGAGUAAUAGAAAGGACUAAAAUACGAUACAUAUGAAUUUUGCAGUUGACUUCUCAAAGUGUUUGGGCUUAGUUCGAGAAAAAAAAAGUGUUUGGGCUUCUGCCAUCCUCGAAUUUUUAGCGGCCUGAGUUUAGCAUCAUGGUGUCCAAUACUUUCUAUAUUGUCUAGGAUUUAAGGCGUUCCCUCUGGUUUUUUUUUGUAGAAGUCUAAGUGAUUAAAUUGCAAGAUAGCUCUAGCCCCUAGUAGAUAAAUUAAUGGGUAUUGGCAUUAAUAGAAAACGUUACCAUAUUUCGCGGGCUCCUCAAGGAUCUCCAUGAGAGCCCUGUAUGCAUCUAGGUACACAAUUUUGCUUCCAUGGAGUGAGCCUUGCAAUGUUGGAAGUAAUUCUUGAAGUUUAGAGUUGUAGACCUGAGCAUCCCAGUUCUGCUCAUCCACGCAUGCCCUGUCAGGGUCUCUGCUCAAUGUGAUUUGGAUAGGUGUGCAACCAAACGGGGGAAGGCCUGCCAAGGAGAAUUGGCGGCCCCCAAGGUCAUAUAGUUCCUGCAUUCAAAUUUAGGGAAUUGAAAGUGGAUUUAUGCCUAGUUUCUGAACUGGAAUGGAAGAAUUCAUAAUAAAGAAGGCAACUCAAAAAGAGGAAAUAAAUGCCUAUUUUUACCUUGACACGAGCUUGUACCAUCUGGAGAACAGUAUCUUGGUAUUCACCAAUGUCCAUCUUCUUCUUCUUUGACGAACGGUAGUAAUGUGAGAAAUCAUUGGUCCCUGAGCUGACAAAAAUCAGGGAGCUGGCAAUGAUCCUGGAAGCGUUCUUAUCUCCAACAAUGUUCCUGAGCCGGAUGAGGUAGUCCCUGAAGAGGUUCACCUGCUUCGACAUUGGCAGGGUAUUGGCCAGCUGCGACGUCUUGUCAUCGAACCCUGAACCCGCAGACGCAAAGUUGACCCCUGUCAUGAUGUCGUUGUUCGACAGCUUGGAAUCCAGGUAUGGCGGAGAGAAUUCCUUGAGCUGCAGCCUCUGAUUGAGGAGGUCUGGAACGAGCCGGCCAUUGGAGAACCUCCCUGUCGGCUUCUUCCCUGGGAAGUCCCUCCCGUAAGGAACAUGGUUUGCCAAGGCCACCGUAGGGAGACGAUUGUUGUUGCCGGUAUCAAGAACGGAGUCGCCAAAGUAGAAGAUGGCCGGAAACUUGGGCUGGAUUCUCUUGGAGGAAGAAAUUGCAGGGGAAGAGAGGAGGAGCACCAGGAGAAGAGCAGGGUGUGCCAUCAGAACCAUCUUCUUAGCUGAAGCCUUUGUAGCCUACUACUGUUGGUGGAAAGCGUACAGAGCAUGUGCAGGUUAUUGUGCAGAGUGCAGCAUUUGGCGCAGAACAAACAUGCAUGCUGAACAUUGUAUGGUAGCACUUUGAUAUUAGAAUGACACCACCGUUCUGAAGUUUUAAA